AUUUAUUUAUGUCAACACGCCGUCAUGUUCUUCUGACCCGGGGUCCUCAGCAGGAGGGAGCAGCUCACAGACACUCGAGGCGCCACUUCUUCCUCUUCCUCUUCUUUUUCUUCUUCUUCUUCUUCUUCCAUAUCGACCCGAGAGAAGAGAGUUGAGGUGUCGGGUAAAGGUCUCCAACGCUCCUUCAUCCCCCUCCCAAAUCUCUAUCAGCGAUGGGGACUCGGGCUGGCUUCUGCCCAGGAGGAUUGCACUUAACUCUGGCUCUCUGGCUCAUGACAGCCGCGCUAACCCUGCAAAAUGCCCAGGCGGAGAUUACUUGCGCGUCUUGCCCGUCGCCAGUGCAACUUCACCUGGAUAAAUUGGAGCUGGAGAUGCGCGCUGACCUGACCGAGGAACCGAGCACCUUGGAGUUUAAGGAACUCGGGGUGGCUGACCAAAAUCCUUUGGAGAAUGGGAGACCUGUGGAGGAUUUUGCACAACAUGUCAGUUUGGAUGGAGUUGGAACAAAAGGAGGCAGUGACCGCGGCGAUGUUGAGGGGGAAGAGCCGGGUAUGGCUGAGGAUGCUGCGCUCUGGAGAGCCAAGAGAAGCGGUCCCGACUUUGAGUUUUCCGAGUUCAGUGACAGCAGGUGGAACGGGCGGGCUGGCGCGGAUUCGCUAGAGCAGGAUCAGGUCUCGAUGCUGGAUGGACUGAAGCAGAGCAGGCCCGAGCUCGGCUGGGGCAGAGGGAAUAACCGGCAGGAUGAGUCCAAGCUCAGCAGCAGCACGUUCGCGCUCACGGGAGACUCGGCACACAACCACGCGGUGGUUUACUGGGCAGGACACAACAGCAGCGUGAUCCUGAUUCUCACCAAGCUGUAUGACUUCCACAUUGGCAGCGUCACAGAGAGCACUCUUUGGAGAUCCACGGACUACGGCUCCACAUAUCAGCGGAUGAAUGACAAAGUUGGAUCCAAGACCGUCUUGAGUUACCUUUAUGUCUGUCCGACUAACAGGAGAAAGAUUAUGGUGCUGACGGAUCCGGAGUUUGAGAGCAGUGUGCUCAUCAGCUCUGAUGAGGGAGCCAGUUACCAGAAGUACCGCCUCACCUUCUACAUUGUCAGCCUUUUAUUCCAUCCCACUGAGGAGGACUGGGCCUUAGCCUACAGCCACGACCAGAAGCUGUACAGCUCUAUGGACUUUGGAAGAAAAUGGCAUCUUAUCCACGAACAUGUCACGCCAAACCGAUUCUACUGGUCUGUCCUGGGCCUGGACAAGGAGCCAGACCUGGUCCACAUGGAGGCUCAUACACCAGACGGAAAUGUGCAGUACGUCACGUGCAGAGCUCAGACGUGCACAGAAGCUAACAGGAACUAUCCUUUCCCUGGAUACAUCGACAUCAGCUCUCUGGUGGUCCAAGAUGACUACAUAUUCAUACAGGUUCCCACGUCAGUCAGAGCCUCCUAUUACGUGUCCUACAAGAGAGACUCUUUCAUACAAAUUAAACUGCCCAAAUAUUCACUGCCUAAGGAUUUACACAUUGUCAGCACUGAUGAGAAGCAGGUGUUUGCUGCGGUGCAGGAGUGGAACCAGAACGACACCUACAACCUCUACCUGUCGGACACCAAAGGCAUCUACUUCACCUUGGCCAUGGAAAAUGUUAAGACCACAAGGGGCAUCGGAGGGAACCAGAUGCUUGACCUGUAUGAGGUGGCUGGAAUUAAAGGCAUGCUAAUCGCUAACAAGAGGGAGGACAACCAGGUGAAGACCUACAUCACCUACAACAAAGGUCGGAACUGGAGGCUCCUGCAGGCCCCGACUUCUGACCUGGAUGGGAAUGACAUCCACUGCAUACUGCCUUUCUGUUCACUUCACCUCCAACUGCAAAUGUCAGAGAACCCUUACCUGUCAGGAACCAUCUCCACCAAGAGCUCAGCGCCCGGAAUCAUUGUUGCCACAGGAAAUAUCGGCGCCGAGCUCUCAUACAACAAUGUUGGCAUGUUCGUCUCAUCCGAUGCCGGCAAUAGCUGGAGACAGAUUUUUGAAGAGGAGCACAAUGUGUGGUUCCUGGAUAACGGUGGAGCCCUCGUGGCUGUGAAGCAGCCAUCUGUGCCAACCAGACACUUGUGGGUGAGCUUCGACGAGGGCCGGCAGUGGACCCAACACGGCUUCUCAACCGUGCCGUUGUUCGUGGACGGAGUCCUGGUGGAGGCUGGAGCCGAGAACCAAAUCAUGACCUUUUUUGGCCACUUCAGCCACCGCUCUGAAUGGCAGCUCAUCAAGAUUGACUACAAGUCCCUCUUCAACAGGAGAUGCACCGAGGACGACUAUCAGACGUGGCACCUGCACAACCAGGGUGAGCCAUGCGUGAUGGGUCAGAAACAGAUUUACAUGAAACGCAGGCCCGGGAACCACUGCAUGCUGGGAAAAGACUACUCCAGAAUCCUCUCUGCAGAGUCGUGUAUUUGCCGAGCUCAUGACUUUGAAUGUGACUAUGGAUAUGAGAGACGUGGGGACGGGAACUGUCGGCCCUCCUUCUGGUUCAAUCCCGCCAUUGUGUCACGAAGCUGCAGCCAGGGACAAAACUACUUCAACAGCACUGGGUAUCGUAAGGUGGUGCUGAAUAAUUGCACCAAAGGAGUGAAAGAAAUGUAUACAGCAAGGAAGCAGCAGUGUCCCAACAGAUCUCCUAAAGGACUCUCGGUGACCACCAAAGAUGGCAAACUCACGGCCAACCUGGGCAGCAACAUCACCUUUCUGGUGCAUCUCGACGAGGGUGACUCUUUGCGGACCAACAUCCAGCUGGAUUUUGGGGAUGGCACAGCCGUGUCCUAUUCCAACCUGAGCUGGACUGAGGAGGGCAUCAAGCACGUCUAUAAGUCUGCUGGAAUAUUCCGUGUCACAGCGCUGGCAGAGAACACACUGGGUUAUGACACCACGACACUUUUCCUGCAUGUCACAUGUCCAGUGGAGCAUGUUCAACUCCUUGCUCCCUUUGUGGUCAUAAGAAACAAGGAGGUGAACAUCACAGCCGUGGUCUUACCCAGCCACCCAAGGACUGUCGCCUACUUCUGGUGGCUAGGCAAUAGUACUGAGCCAGUGAUAACAUUGGAUGGGAGUAUCUCAUACACCUUUGCUACUGAGGGAAUGCACACCGUCACAGUCCAAGUGGCUGCAGCCAACACCAUACUGCAGGAUACCAAGACCAUAGCAGUGAAAGAAUUCUUCAAAUCUCUACUUUUAUCUUUCUCCCCUAAUCUGGAUGAGUUCAACCCUGACAUACCCGAGUGGAGACAGGAUGUGGGGAGAGUAAUUAAGAAGGCUGUGCUCCAAGUGUGUGACUUCCCAGAGGAGCAGCUGCUGGUGGCUGUGUUCCCGGGAGUGCCGACAGCCGCCGAGCUCUUCCUGUUACCGCACAAGAACCAAUCAGAGGGCAAGAAAAAGAGCGAGGAGGAGCUAGAGCAGGCGUCCAAUAUAAUUGUAAGCGCACUGAACCAAAAUCUGGUGGAGUUCGAGCUCAAGCCGGGAGUGCGGGUGAUCGUAUACAACACACAGUUAACACUGGCACCUCUGGUGGACUCAAACCCCAGACACAGCAGCUCAGCCAUGCUCAUGCUCCUGUCAGUCGUGUUUCUGGGCCUCGCCGUGUUCCUCAUCUACAAAUUCAAGAGAAAAAUACCUUGGAUCAACAUUUACGCUGAGGUGAACCAGGAGAAGGAGCAGGAGAUGAUCGGCUCAGUGGGCCAGAGCGACAGCACGCCCAAAAUCACUCUCAGUGAGUUCUCCACAGCCAAGGAACUCAUGGAAAAAGAGCUGGAUGCCAGGGUCAAACGGGGAGUCGGGAACGUCUGCGAGAGCACAAGGGAGAUUCCAAACUGUACUAGCGUGUAAAAGCCAGAGAGAACGCAUCUGCAUUUCAUGUACAAAGCGACA